AUGAGUUCGGUGGGGCAGGAGCAAUCUGAGAGAAUGGCUCUACCUGGACAGGCAGGUUCGGAGGCCCCGCCCACUUACCUGAUGACGCGCUGGCGACAUCGCGCAUGCUCAGUCCGGGAAGGGCGGUGUUGUUUUUCGUUCUUUGUUGAAGCGGGUCGGCCGUGGGAUUGGGAUCGGGAGCGGGUCCUCACCCUCGCCCCCUGGGGCGGGGAGCCAGGGACGGAUUAUUCUCUGCGGGGCGACGACAACAGUUUCCUUUCGGUCAUCACCAGCAGGUUGUGCUGUCCAGCACCGGGACCAAAGUGUGAACAAGACGAAGACAAUCAACAAUCGUCAGUCAGAAUCAGAAUGGACAAAGGUAGGAAAUCGAAACGAGUAGGGAAAGUACUGAAGAGGUUUUUAUCAGGCAGCUCAUCGGGGAAAGAUGAUCGGGACACGAGAAGAAAGGUACCAAAGCAGGGUCAGAUUGAGAGCAAUGUCCCAAUGGAAUGCGGUCCAACUGCAGCAGAAGUGGGGCAAAUUCAGCCCACAGACAGUGACGUCAGAGACGCUGAUCCGGUCCCUGGAACCAGCACAAGUGAGGUGACUGCCUGUCAGCUCGAAAGCUCAUUAAACACAGAAUUGUCAAGUCUCAAACAAACAGGGCCAGAGUUUACAAUCUCUGACCUCCUGGCACAGGGGGAGGAAUAUCGACUGUACCAACUGACAAAGUUCUACCGGGAGAGACUCCAACAAGCGAUUGAAGAAAAGGUUGAAAGACUCGGUUGGAUGUUGACAAAGGAGGGACAUUUCAGUAGAGAAGAAAAUGAGAAAGUUACGGAGCUGACAGAGAAAGGAAACCGGGCAGAGAGUUCCACAAUCUUCCUCAGUUUGGUGAUGGGCAAAGGCUCCCGGGCCCGGAGGGCAAUGUGGGAAUCCUUUCUGAUGUGGAGGACUGAGUUACCGAAGUUGGACAGAAUACUGAGGGAAAUACAGGAACUCGGUCCUGAUCAACAAGAAUACAUGAACAUCGCUCAAGGGUUAUCUGAGUUAUCCACUCAACUGAUAGAUGUUCAACAGAAACACAAGGAGACUCUGCGGGCACAAACUGAAACACUGAGAGUGAACACGAUCCUGAUGACGGAGAAGGUGAAGGUUUUCCAGCUGGUUGAUCGAUACGCUGAGCUCACGGUCAUUUCUACUGUUCGAGAUUGGAGACUGGUGGAACAUGAGCUGCUGGCAAGAGGCAGAGACCACGAGGAGUGGAGAGAGAAACAUCUCCGUGGAGAACUGGAAAAAAUCCAAACUGAUCAGUUAUUCCAGAGAAGUUUCUCCCGGAGUAAAUCCAAAUCAGGUAGAUCGGCAGGAGUAGCCGGUGUCCCGGGGAUCGGGAAAACAACAAUGGUACAAAGGAUUGUUUAUGACUGGGCCACGGGGAAAAUAUACCAACAAUUCCAGUUUGUCUUCAGUUUCAAGUUUCGAGAUUUAAACUCUAUUAAUUGCAGAAUUAACCUGAGCGAACUGAUUCUGGAUCAAUAUCCUUACUUUGGGAAUUUACUGAGAGAGAUCUGGAAGAACCCAGAGGGAUUGCUGUUUAUAUUCGACGGUUUGGAUGAAUUCAAACACAACAUCGAUUUUGCUGACAGUCGGAGAGACACAGAACCCAUGCACCAGUGCCCAGAUCCCGAGUCGUGGUGUGAAGUGUCUGACAUUGUGUACAGUUUAAUCCAGGGCAAGCUGCUCCCAGGGUGUUCAGUGCUGGUGACCACUCGCCCCACUGCAUUACAUUUAUUGGAAAAGGCAAAGAUUGGGAUCUGGGCUGAAAUCCUCGGAUUUGUUAGUGAGGAACGGAAGGAAUAUUUCAUCAGGCAUUUUGAAGAUCAGACAGUGGCGGAAGCUGUUUUCAAACACGUGAAGGAGAACGAGAUACUGUACACCAUGAGCUACAACCCCUCCUACUGCUGGAUCCUCGCUCUGACACUGGGCCCUUUCUUCACACAAAGAGUCAGGGACCCGCAGCGAGUUCCCAAGACCAUCACCCAACUGUACUCCUACUAUAUUUACAACAUCCUGAAAAACCACGGCCGUGAGAUUGAGAACCCCCGUGAAGUGUUACUCAGGGUUGGUCAGAUGGCCUUCAGAGGAGUGUCCGAGAAGAAGAUUGUGUUUACAGAUGGAGAUUUGAUCAAGUACAAUCUGCAGCCUUCCCAGUUCCUGUCCGGGUUCCUGAUGGAGCUUUUGGAGAGAGAGGAUUCUGCCCACUGUGUGGUGUACACAUUCCCACACCUCACCAUCCAAGAGUUUGUAGCUGCUGUCGCACAAUUCCUGAAUCCCCAUCUUGGGGAUAUUCUGAUAUUCCUCACUGAAGCCCACAACACAAAAGAUGGGCGAUUUGAUGUACUUCUCCGUUUUGUUGCUGGUCUUUCCAACCCAAUGACAGCUCGGGGUCUGGAGGAGUUUCUGGGUCCAUUUCCUCAUGAAACAACCUGCCGGGUGAUUGACUGGGUGAAGGAGGAGGUUAAACGCCAGAGUAGAAACACGAGGAGUGAAGCUGGUAAAAGGAGCCUCCUGAAAACAUUGCACUACCUGUUUGAGUCUCAGAAUCGUGGACUGGCUCAGGCUGCUCUGGGAUCUGUGGAAACACUUUCAUUCAGUGGAAUGACAUUGACCCCGAUUGACUGCACGGUCCUGUCUCAUGUCAUCGGACUCUGUGAUACAAUAAAACAGCUCGACCUGGAGAAAUGCCACAUUCAGUGUGAGGGAAUACAGCGGCUGGGGCCCGGGCUGCACAAGUGCCAGGAGUUGAGCCUUGGGGAGAAUAAAAUAGGAGAUUCAGGAGUGAAACUGGUGUCUGCGGCUCUGAGGAACCCGAAGUGUAAAAUACAGAAACUGGGGCUGUACCGUGUCGGUCUCACAGAUUCUGGUGCCGAGUAUCUCGCCUCCGCUCUCAGUACAAACCCAUCACUGACGGAGCUGAACCUGAGUGGUAAUGAACUGGAAGAUUCAGGAGUGAAACAGGUGUCUGCGGCUCUGAGGAACCCGGAGUGUAAAAUACAGAAACUGCGGCUCGGGAAUGUCGGUCUGACAGAUUCUGGUGCAGAGGAUCUCGUCUCCGCUCUCAGUACAAACCCUUCACUGAUGGAGCUGGACCUGAGUGAUAAUAAACUGGGAGAUUCAGGAGUGAAACUGGUGUCUGCAGCUCUGAGGAACCCAGAGUGUAAAAUACAGAAACUGGAGCUGUACCGUAUUGGUCUCACAGGUUCUGGUGCUGGGGAUCUCGCCUCUGCUCUCAGUACAAACCCAUCACUGACGGAGCUGAACCUGAGUGGUAAUGAACUGGGAGAUUCAGGAGUGCAACUGGUGUCUGCGGCUCUGAGGAACCCGGUGUGUAAAAUACAGAAACUGCGGCUGAAAGAUGUCGGUCUCACAGAUUCUGGUGCCGAGGAUCUCGCCUCCGCUCUCAGUACAAACCCAUCACUGACGGAGCUGUACCUGGGUGGUAAUAAACUGGGAGAUUCAGGAGUGAAACUGGUGUCUGCGGCUCUGAGGAACCCGGAGUGUAAAAUGCAGAAACUGCGGCUCGGGUAUGUCGGUCUCACAGAUUCUGGUGCUGAGGAACUCGCCUCCGCUCUCAGUACCAACCCAUCACUGACAGAGCUGGGCCUGAGAUGGAACUCGCUCACAGACCGAUCUGUCCCCGCUCUCCACCGCCUCAUACUGACCCUGUCAAGUCUGGAGUGGAUCGAGCUGUUCGGGAAUCGGUUCAGUGAGACCGGAAAGAAGGAACUGAGAUCUCUGCAGGGAGUCAGACCCGGACUGAGAGUGACCGUGUGAAUAUCUGAAUGUUUGAACAUCCCCAUUCGAGGGAUGGGACAUGUUGGCCGAUUCCCCACCGUCCCCUUUAACUCCCUCCCUCCCCUUAAACUUCCAUCCCGCCCGUUAACUGCCGCCCUUACCUUUAAUUGCCGUUCGCCAGGUUUAAUUCCCAACGGGACUGGCUCCAGUUGUCUUCCUGUAAUGACGUAUUUCGACCUGUUAUCCAGUGGCACAGCUUCUGCCGGAUAUGUGGGUUCGAGACUCCCCCAUGUGAUACCCGGGAAAGUACACAGACGGAAGAACCCGGGGACCGGGGCUCAGUCUGGGACACCGGUGUCCCGGGGUGGGGGGGAUGAUCCCGGGAGAGAAUCCUUUUGCUCCCUUUGCUGAGGACGGUGCAUUCGGCAGCCUGGCCGAUAUAAUGAUGUUAAAUGGACAAAUCCCCCGGCAGUGACCCUGGAUCUGCAGCGAUCCCGGACACGGCCCUGAAGUGUGAUUUUAUAAUCAUCGGUUCCCCGAUGCAGAGUGACAGUGAGAAACGGACUGAUUAUUCAAACUGUCACUCGUUGUCGCUGGUCAGUUAAUUGUGUGUGACUGUGAGUGAGUCAGGAGCAGCUUAUUUAUUCCCGCAUGUCAGCAGCUCACACAUUGUUUAAUUUACAUUUGUCACAGAAAUCAAUAAACCGCUGUAACUUCCUGUCCUGGUGCCGGACUCGAGUUUUAUUUGAGGCUUCUGCUGCCCCCCCCCCACCCCGCACCCUGUGCUCUGCAACAGUGGGUAGGAGCUCCUCACACUGACACAGUAGCGUCUCAGCUCCAGGCUGAGGGAGGUCGGACUGCCAGAGUCUGGGUGUCCAGGAUCUCAUCUCCAACCAACCCCCUUCCUGGCUGGCUAACUAACUGACCUCCUCCUGUCCCCUGCAACCAGUUAUAAUGGACAAUAGUAUCAGACUUGCGUCCACUGAUGUCCCAGCUCCCUCUGCACCGUCCCAUCACACACUCCCAGGGUCAGACACAGAGUGAAGCUCCCUCCACACCGUCCCGACCCACACUCCCGGGGUCAGACACAGAGUGAAGCUCCCUCCGCACCGUCCCAUCACACACUCCCGGGGUCAGACACGUUGUGAAUCUCCCUCCGCACCGUCCCAUCACACACUACCAGGGUCAGACACAGAGUGAAGCUCCCUCCACAUCGUACCAUCACACACUCCCGGGGUCAGACACAGAGUGAAUCUCCCUCCGCACCGUCCCAUCACACACUACCAGGGUCAGACACAGAGUGAAGCUCCCUCCACACCGUCCCAUCACACACUACCACGGUCAGACACAGAGUGAAGCUCCCUCCACAUCGUCCCAUCACACACUCCCGGGGUCAGACACUUUGUGAAUCUCCCACCACACUGUCCCAUCACACACUCUCGAGGUCCACGCACACACACACACACACACACACACACACACACACACACACACACACACACGAGAUGAUGGUGAAAACGACGGAGAGAAGUAGUGGAACGGCGGGGAGCGAUACAGGGUGCAUGGAGGGCGGGAGGGGGCAUAAACGGGUAGCCAAGUUCAGGUGGAUAUUAGAAACUUACCGAUUAAUAAACACUAUUGAUUUCUGGGUUCGAGAAGUAGCCCAGGAUGAAAUCGAAGAUGAGGAAAAUUUUGUGAAAAGGGGAAGCCGUCCUUUUACGAAUCAAACGCCACCCUUUCCCAUUAAUCCUCACCAUCGGCAUUCUUAACGGGACACACCACUUCCCAUUCACUCCCACUGUCUGUCUCCCAUUGGAACUCCUCCUGUUCAUUUCUAACGGGACCGGGAUCCUGAAAAUUGGUCGCAACGUCUGAAUUCCCUGUUUGUCAGAACUCAGGGCGGUGUUUACGGAAUUUGACGAGAACGCCGACGGGUUGAUUAGUUAUACUGAAAGUCGAGGGUCGUGUGGAUGUUGACGGCAUUGUAACACUGACGUUACUCAGGACUCAAAAUGGUCUCCGGGGAGAAAGUGAAGGGCUGAGUGACAAUGGGCGCUCACCUUGUUUCUCAUGGUCGGCAAGGAGGGAGCGGCACAUUGACAAGGGAUUGGGAGUGACUGGCAGAAUUAAGAUGACCGACAGGGUGGGGAUUGUGAACUGAUUGAAAAUUAACACCAGGGAGGGAGUUCUGUGAAGAUUAAAAAUAGGAUUCUGGAUUAAAGCCAGAAUAAAAAAUUGUCACCAGGGAGAGAGUGACGCACCGACAUGACAUUGUCACCGUGGAGGGAGUGACGCGCACACCGAAAAUGGUCUCCAGGGACCUAAGGAUUUACUGAGAGAAAAUGGACCCCAGGACUGGAGUAACGCACUUAUAAAUCAGAGGGCGUGGCGGCCCGAUCUGAAAUAGUCCCUGAUUCCUUUGUCACAGUGGCUGACAAGGAGAGAGUGAUGGACAGACUUAAAAUGGCCAAAUGGGAGGGUGAGACGCACCGGGUAAAAUGGCCGAAACGGAGACAAUGGCACAUUGUGAAGGGAGAGGGCGUAAUGGGUCGAUUAAAAUGAUCUGCUGGGAGAGAAUGACGCUCUGACAUAAAAUGUCCGCUGCUUCGCUUAAAAUGUUUGACGGGGCAGUUUAGGGUUAGUGAUUCCUUGUUUAAAGUGAGUGGCGGGAAUGGAGGGGAUGCGACACUGACUUACAAUGGCCACUGUCACACACAGAAUCUAUGGUGAAGGAACAUGCGGUGCCCGUGGAUGCAAUCCCGGGAUCGACUGUGUUAUUGAUUGUAAUAACAGUAUUUUAAUUUGUGUUUGAUAUACUCUUGCGUAUUGUAUAGAUUGUUGUAUUGUAUUGUAUAGAUGUUUUAAUUCUAAUAAUUUUGUCAUUGAAUAAACUAAUGUAUAUAUCUCA